GUAUGUUACCUUCCCACGGUUUACCACAUGUUGCGCCUCGGUGCGAGGGGCGCAAGUCAGGAGCCCGGGCCAUCGGAAGGAUAGACGGAAUCUCUCCCCUCGGCUCUCGGUCAGUUACGCGAUCGCCAGCGAACGAUUCGCGCGGCCGGUGCGCACCCCGAGCUCGCCGAAGUAAAGCUCGCUGCUCGUCGUUCCUCGAAUGCGCGUGCAUCCCCGAUAAGUAAGUGCAUCGAACCUGACGGACGUUCGGGCGCGAAAGCGGUAUUCCUCGUAUAAUCACAGAGCGAAGGGGGGAAGGGGGGUGAACGAGAGGGAUCGGUGUGGAUAUAAACGGUGGUGGUGGUUCGAAGAUGCUCGAACAGUGAGCGGGCGAUCGCUUUCUCGACAAGGUUUGUGCGCUUAACAGCGCGGUGGAGCGGCCUCAAUGCCGGUCAGGAAGGGCCUCCUCGCUCCACAGAAUACUUUCUUGGACACUAUCGCGACUCGCUUCGAUGGAACCCACAGCAACUUUGUACUGGGAAAUGCGCAGGUUCCGUCGCUCUAUCCGAUCGUCUACUGCUCCGAUGGGUUCUGCGAGCUGACAGGAUUCGCGCGAGCGCAAAUCAUGCAGAAGGGUUGCGCUUGCAAGUUUCUCUACGGGCCGGAAACGAAGGAGGAAGAGAAGGCCAUGAUCGACAAGAGCCUCGAGAGCAAGACGGAGUUGAAGAUGGAGGUUGUCUUCUACAAGAAGAACGGAAGUCCAUUCGAUUGCCUACUCGACAUUGUUCCGAUAAAAAACGAGAAGGGCGACGUCGUACUGUUCCUGGCCUCGCACAAAGACAUCACGCACACGAAGAACCUUCAGCUCUGUGAGUUGCACGAUAGUGACUCGAAUGGCAAUAUCGACCCUGAGGCACCGCCUUCCAAUUACGGUAGGAGAAGAAGUCGCGCCGUCCUUUAUCAACUGUCGGGCCAUUACAAGCAGGACAAUAAGCACAAAAUUAAGCUAAACAAUACGCUUCUGCAUUCAACCGCGCCGCCUUUACCGGAAUACAAAACGACAACCGUCAAAAAGUCGCAAUUUAUUCUUAGCCAUUACGGUGGUUUUAAAUCCUGCUGGGACUGGUUGAUUCUCAUCGCGACCUUCUACGUGGCAAUAAUCGUACCCUAUAACGCGAGCUUCAUCAACACCGACAGGCCUACGAUGGUCAGUGACGUUGUCGUCGAAGUGCUCUUCAUUUUCGAUAUCGUUUUCAACUUCAGAACAACGUACGUGAGCAGGAAGGGCGAAGUAGUCAGCAAUAGCAGGAGCAUCGCCGUGAAUUACGUGAAAGGCUGGUUCUUUGUCGACCUCGUAGCGGCAUUGCCGUUUGAUUUUCUCUAUGCCUCAGACGUUUACAGCGGCGAGGACUCGGCGCACAGUAACAUUCACUUGGUGAAACUCACGAGAUUACUGAGGCUCGCGCGACUGCUGCAAAAAAUGGACAGAUAUUCGCAGUACAGCGCGGUAAUUUUAACGAUGCUCAUGCUCUUUUUCAUUGUGGUGGCACACUGGCUGGCCUGCAUCUGGUACGUGAUCGCCGAGAAGGAACGCUUGCGGAACGACAAGGAUUGGGAUCUCGGUUGGAUACAUACCCUGGCUGAAAAAUUGAAAAUAUCAGUGCAAAACGUCACGCACACAGAAAGUUACAUUACAGCAUUAUAUUUCACUUGCAGUAGUCUAACUUCCGUAGGUUUCGGAAAUGUUUCGGCAAACACGUUCUCGGAGAAAUUCUUCUCCAUCUGCACGAUGUUAAUUGGGGCUCUUAUGCACGCCGUAGUAUUCGGCAACGUUACUGCGAUCAUUCAAAGAAUGUACUCUAGAAGAUCCCUAUAUCAGACAAAGUUACGAGAUCUCAAAGAUUUUCUUGUCUUACAUCAAAUCCCGGAGGAGCUCAAGCAGCGAAUGCAGGAUUACUUUCAGACUAUGUGGUCAUUAAACCACGGUAUUGACGUGCACGAGACUCUGAAACAAUUUCCCGAGGAGCUGCGAGGAGAUGUUUCGAUGCAUCUUCAUCGAGAGAUUUUGAGUUUACCAAUAUUCGAAGCCGCCUCACAAGGGUGUUUAAAGCUGCUUUCGCUCCAUAUCAGAAAUAACUUUUGUGCCCCCGGCGAAUUUCUCAUGCACAAAGGCGAUGCCCUCUCGUAUAUUUAUUAUCUGUGCAAUGGAUCGAUGGAAGUUGUGCAAAACGACAUGGUGGUUGCAAUUUUAGGGAAGGGAGAUUUAGUUGGGUGCGACAUAAACGUUCACCUGCAACACGGGAAUAACGGCGGUGGCACUACUGGGUCUGGCUCGGUUGAUGUGGUAAAAUCCAGCUGCGACGUCAAGGCGCUAACAUAUUGCGAUUUGAAGUGCAUACACAUGCCAGGGUUAGUCGAGGUCCUUCGACUGUAUCCCGAGUAUCAGCAUGAGUUUGCGCAUGACAUACAACAUGAUCUUACAUACAACCUACGUGAAGGAUAUGAGGCAGAGCAGGAAUCCGAUGUAAAUGGCCCGUCAUUGACACUGCCCUCCAUCAGCGAGGACGACGAGAACCUAGCCGAAGAGGGUGAAACUUCUCCUCUCUCACCCCCCAACAAAUCACCGCUUCACACCUCUUCGAGCCCGCGACAUGCCAAGUUCAGGGAGGAUUACAGAGAAGGGAGGCGAGCAGGGAGAGGAGUCUUGCUACGAGGAGGAAGGGCAGCGCAAAUGAUCGCGCAAGAAUCUGUAGAGGAGCAUAUCCGCGGAUCGGUUGAGAGACUCGAUAAUCAGUUUUCCACGCUACACCAGGACGUUGCGACGCUCAGUUGCGAGGUGCGCAACGCCAUUCAAGCGCUGCAGAUGCUCGCCUGCUCACCCCAGAGUAACCCGAAUUUGCCGACCCCGGCGGCGAGCCGUGGCAGCGGGGUCCUCGCGAGGAGCUCGUCCCAUCCCCCGGACGCCAUUUGUUGGAAUCCGCCGGAGAGAUUGAUCGACGCGUCGACGCAGACGGAUUGGCCGGUCGACCUGUUUGAGACGUGGGUGCGCGCAAACCCCCGCAGGGCCUUAAAGGCCCUCGGCCUCGACCCGGACAUCGUUCUCAGGCUACCACCGCCGUCGCCCACGCCGUCGCCGUCCUCGCCCCCGCCGCCGCCCUACGAACCCCUAUCACCUUCGGCAGGCUCGCCGCAGCAAUCGCCCUCGCAAUCUCCGACUACAGGAAACGACAGCUACGUUUUUGGAAUUAGUCGCGACGGUCGGCACAUUCCCCGACUGUACAGGCCACCGAAUUCAGCCUGGCACCCCGACAACAACAAGCUGUGGCACCGCUUCAGCGCCGGCGACGCCGACAACGCGUCGCUGUACCAGGCGUUACGACGUCUUCCGGAGUCACGCUCAUUGAAGUUCGAUUCGUUCGACAGCUGAGCUGGUCAAUUCACGCGAGCCCGCGUCCCGCGCGAAUAAAACUAAGGAGAACGGAAAAAAAAAACAAGGUUUUUUUUUUGUUUCGAACGAAAUACGCAAAGCACGGAAAAGGAAGAGGCGCCGGAUUCGAAGAGGAAAUAAGCCGCGAAUCGCAAAAAUUGAUCGGUAACAUAGUUUUACGCGCGCACUGUGGAGGGGAUCGCCUGGGAAAUUUCAAUCCGUAGGCUCGCGAGAAUUGGGGUGCCGGCUAGUCGAGCAAUGCGAUAAUUCAAAGGCUACGUGGCUCGAGGCAAUAAUAUUUGAUUGGCAGGUUAAUCACGAUAUUGUCAAACUGUUGGACAUUCAUCGGGGAUAAAUAUCCCCAGCGGUUUAAUGUUGCAGGGCAGAUUGGAAUAAUUUCUGAUAAAAUAAAACCGCCGGUUGAAAACUGCUGGGAAUCACCGCUGGUCGCGGUGCGCAACGGAAAUGGGUGAAGCGAUGGAUGAAGGGAUUGAUGAAAAAGUAGUUAUUUCAAAUCACAGCUGAUAGAUGCAACAUGCAUAUUAAGGCCCGUGACGUAACGUUUAUCGUUUAACGUAAACAAGCGCCCGUCGACGGGACACUGGAUUACUCGUAAAUUGACAUUUACGUUUCCUUUCGCCGUUAACGUCAAUUCGUGAUCUCGUUGUAAUAUUUAACUCUUGAAUGCAUUCCCGUGGAUUAUUUUGAUUGCAGGAUGAGAUAAAUCAAGACUGAGGUAACAUGCAUAUCAGAGCAAAUGAUGCUUACAAUAUUCUGUUGAGGCAUAAAGAAGCAAGGAAAUAUUAUAUACGCAAAAACAUUUAAACUUUAGUAUGAUAUUAAUAUGCAUAAUGUGUAUUACAAUAUCUAUCCAAUUUACGAUACCUCGCACAGCGAUAUACAUAAUUUAGUAAUAUUACAUUAUCGUUUAACACAAAUCGAUAACAUAUAAUGUAUUCCAAUGAGAGUGUUUUUUAAUACGACUUUUCAGAUACUUUUGCGAUUUAUAAUAAAUUUUAUUCAAGUGUUAUGCAUUCAAGAGUUAAGCGAUACUAUAAUUUAUAUAUAUAUAUAUAUAUAUUAUAUAUAUGUAUAUUGUCCUAGGCAUUUCUCACUGCCAAACAAAGGAUAAUCCCUGACUUUAUACGUCUUUGCUCUUUCGUUCCCAAAACAAUAUAUUCAUCCCUUGAAUAUAAAAUGGAAUCUCGUCUGCCUCACUCUACAUAUGUAAUCCCAUAAUUAAUACGCACGUUGAAAACGUACGUGUGCUUUGAAACAAUCCGAGUACCGAGUACCAGGAGAAUUAUAAUUAUUCUGUCGUGUUUCCAACCUGCGUAACGAUGUCCUGAAAAACUUCUAGAAACCCACAUCCACCCGCGUAAACCGCGUUUUCUACUUAACAUUAAAUAUAUUUAGAAUAUUAGAAUAUAAUUUUGUAGAUAGCCGGUACGCUGUAAAUUUAAUUAAUUAAUUCGCGCGUAUGUAAGCGCGCAGCUUUUGAGGAGAGCAUCGGGUCUUCGCUACUAUUACGUUAAGUUGCAUGUCUCCGCGCUAGGGCUACACAGGCCUUCGCGCAGUUCCAUAUGUUUUUCACGCGAAGCAAUUCCAUGAGAUUUCACAGGGGCCGUUACGAGAGCCGUUCGGAAAGUUAGGGUAGCAAUAAUAAAAUGUGCACACAACACAUCUCAAUGUACACCGUCGACGUCCAAUCUAGAGAGUAUCCGUAGUACUAUAUUCUUUAAGAGUAGAUAUAUUAAAGAUGAUAACGAAACGGCGUCUUCGCGCCCAGAAGAGACGACGGUGACGAUGACGAUGACGAUGACGAUGACGAUGACGGUUUGGAAGUGACUCGACACGUCUGUCUCGCGGCAUAAAGUAAGCUUCGAGUCGAGAAUGUGUGUCCAUCGUGAGCUGUGUCACGAGAAUCUGUCUUACCUAGGUAUAAGUACUUCUUAGAUUAUAAUUCAGACAUGUACAUAUAUUAUAGGGAAAGUGACGUUGAAAAUAUGUGAUAAGGCACGGCUUUGGCCAUGCACGACUACGUUCGUUCAAGCUUCUUCCAUCGUUAUUUGUGAAAAAUUCGGCGUGCCGCGUGCAGAAAUCAUAAAAAUUCCAAACUCGAUCCCUUCCGCAAAUAACAUAGAAAGGCAAACGCCUGUGAAUAAAGUUUCGUUUUAUCUUGAGGAAAACUCUAUUUUGUAGAAUUUUUAAAAAUAAUAUUAUUUUUUAGAAACUCUAUUUAAUAGAGUUUUUAGGAACGAAGUUUCCAAAACUUUAAUAUAGGAUUUGAAGGGUACCUUACAUUCCCGAUUCAUCAUGCGGCAAACGCGCGUGGGAAGACACCGAUCGCGGGGGGGGGGGGGAAGUAAUUACUUUGAAAUUGGGCGCGUUGUCGGCGCGGAGAGAUUCGAGAUGUUUUUCACAAAUACCGUUAGAGGGAGAGCUGUUUUAUAAAUAUUUCAUAUAUUUUGUUAUACUAUUUCUAUGCUCCUCGCAUUAUAAUUCAAGCUAGGUAUACUACAAGGUAUUUAUCCGACACCCUCUUCAUGACUCUCCACCACACUUCUACCUUUUUACACUCCUUAAACGGGACUGCGAAAAGUUAAGUAGCACCGUCCCCUCCUGGAUUCUAUUGUAAUUAAGGUCGAUAAGCACAAACAAGUAAUAGAACGAUUCUCUUCCUAAUUAUCUGCUCGAAGUCAAGGACCUCUUUGAAAUAUAUAUAUAUAUCUUUAAGAGUAUUUUUGAUCAGCCGGUUGAACGUACAAAGAAACAAGGCGUUAACACGGCGACGCUGCCGUACACGUUAAUCCCUUACCGCGCGUAGUCGCAUAUAUCGCCGCCGCGUCGUAAAAGGGUGCGUGCACACGCAAAACAAGUGUGUCAGCGGUGUGUAAAAAUAGAUUAUUCUACCUCUUUAAAGGAGAAAUAUAGAAUUUAACGUUUUCUAUCGGCAAUAAUACGCGGGAUUCCGAGUCUCGGAAGCACCGAGGCGGUCGCGCCCCGCCGCGCGGAAUGACGCGAUAAAAUCCACGAAUGCAAUAUAAAUAUUGAUAAGCCAUCAUCCGGUCUUGUAUCGACGCGUGUAAUCGUAUUCGGCGGUGCUGUGCCGUAAGGGGUUAACCCAGAAUCACUAUACGUGUACUACACACAUACGCGCGUAACACCUACGUACGCGCGUACAGGAAUAAGCCGCAAAUUUACGUGUGUAGCCGAGAGAUUAUCCAAAUUCUCUGCAAUCUCUGCGCAGUCGUGUUUCUCAUUGUACAUUUUAUCGACGGAACUAGCUAGGGAACUUCAAAUGACGGCCUUAAAAUAAAGAUUUAUUUUUUUCACGAUGAUAAAUGUCUGGCGGCAAGUGAAUGAAUGGCGAGGCGAAGAGAAAUCUCUAUAAAGAAAAUGAUUCGCCGAGAGAAAGACGCGAAGCGGAAAUAGAGCGGGAAAUACGAUGGAGGGGGAGAGAAGGAGAAAGAGAGAGAGAGAGAGAGACAGAUAUUUCUUCUACGACGUUAAUCCUUAUAAAAAUAUAUAUCUGAACGUUUGUAAAUAUUUUUAAAUACUUGUACAAUGUGCUUAUAAGUGGCAUUCUUUGUUCAACAAAUGGGUUAUGAAUAAUAAUAAUAAUAAUAAUAAUAACAAUAAUAAUAAUAAUAAAUGAAAAAUAAUCAUAAACAA